AUGGGAGUCAUCGUUGCACACUUUUUUUUCCCUCCAUCCCCCGGCCAAACCCCACGAUGUACGGCGGAUACUCCAACUCCGCCAUUUUACACAACUCAUGAUCAAGACACUGGCAAUUUUCUACGGACACCGACUGAGAAUAGGCUUUCGCUUCUCUUGCAUCUUGCCUCUGCCCCCCGAGACGGGUCUGCGGGACGGGGAUGCACGGAAACUGCUGCAACAGGGCGCCUCUGUCGGGCCAACCCCCGUCUCUUUCAAAGUCACCUCCCACAUGGUCAAGCCUCGAGGCAAAAGAAGAAAACAAGGACCCUUUCUGUUAGGAAUCCGCCUUCCAGUUCUCUCUGUCAACAACAAGCUCGCCCGCAGCCCAACUAUGGAGUACAUACGCAGUGCCUACCCAGCGACCCGUUCUACGCCAGAUACAGCUUAACCUCAUCCCCUGGUCCGUGUGUCGCCUUCGACUGCCUAGGCGCAAUGCCCCCAGGCUCAGUGUGGAGGAGGAGAGUGGAUGAGCUCCCUCAAGCGUCUCCAUGUCAUUUUCUCUGCCUCUCUGCCUCCGCCUCUGCUACUGGGUCGAUUGGUUCACGCGGCGGUCAGAGAUCUCUGCCUCAAAGACGGCCCAAGCCUUUCGGGAUUCAGGGUUCUGCGCUGUGCCCUAUACCGGAGCCACGCUCUCAUGUUGCAUGUUCGUUUGCGGCUUACGGCUUGCCCUCGGUUUUUCGACGUUGGGGAGGGGCCUCACUUGGAAUGGGGAACUUACAUCUCCGUACUGUUUCCAGUGUAGGUAAACGGAGUAUUGAAAGGCUUUUUCAACGAGUUUUCCAAUGA